CGCGAGCAUGACGAGAGCACAAUAUACACACGAUGAUGAAAUCAACAGCUCAAUAUUAAAAUAGAUACGGACCGAGUAAGGUCCUACGGUUUGAGGGAAUAAACAAUAACAAUAACAAAACAAAACGUAAACAUGAAAGGACACAUCGGUGUACCAGUGAGUGAGAGUGAAACUGACCCAAUGUUCGCUGCUGAAGCAUUGGAUGUAAAUGACCGUCAAAACGAACCGAUGAAACUGGACAUCGGAGAUGGAAUGACCCUUACUGUGACUGAAGUCCAUCCUUGUUUCAAGUCUGUACCGGAAGUCGAUAGUAAAAACAGUUCCGAAAGUAUCGGAAGUUCACAGGAGAGUAAUAGCGAAGAGAGAGCCGAAUGGGGCGGGAAGAUGGAAUUCAUUCUUACUUGCGUAGGCUACGCAGUUGGUCUCGGCAACGUUUGGAGGUUCCCCUACCUCUGUUACAGGAAUGGCGGAGGCGCCUUCCUGAUCCCAUAUACUCUGAUGUUGGCGCUGGUUGGUUUACCCUUAUUCUACAUGGAGUUGGUGCUGGGUCAGUACGCUAGUCUGGGCCCUAUCGCUAUAUGGAAACUCAGCCCCUUAUUCAAAGGUCUCGGAUACGCCAUGGUGAUUGUGUCGCUGUUGAUUGGUCUAUAUUAUAAUGUCGUCAUUUCGCAUGUCCUCUACUAUCUCUUCAAAUCCUUCACGGAUGUUCUACCGUGGGAGUCAUGUGACAACAGCUGGAACACCAACAGUUGUCUGCCCUUUGAUCACCAUGUUACUAAAAGCAACAUAUCAGAUUCCAAUUCAACUGUCCAUAUUGAUCCAACUGCUUACAAGACGCCAACAGAAGAAUAUUAUAGGCGUAACGUGUUGAACCAGUCGGAGAGCAUCGAUGACUUCGGGACGGUGGAGUGGCAUCUAGUCAUUUGUCUUUUCGUCGCCUGGCUCGUUGUUGGUCUGGUCCUUCUGAAAGGCAUCCAGUCUCUCGGAAAGGUUGUGUACUUCACCGCCAUUUUCCCAUAUGUGAUGUUGACUGUGCUGUUUGUCCGUGGCGUGACCUUGCCGGGUGCUUCCAAGGGCAUCUUGUACUACCUCGAACCUGAUUUUGAACGUCUUUUGGACCCGCGCGUGUGGAGUGACGCAGCCACCCAGAUUUUCUACUCCCUCAGCGCAUGCUCCGGAGGUCUGAUUGCCAUGUCCAGUUACAACAAGUUCAACAAUAACUGUUACCGUGACGCCCUCAUUGUCUGCUGCAUCAACUGUGGCACCAGUGUGUUCGCCGGUCUUGUCAUCUUCUCUGUCCUCGGCUUCAUCGCCACGGAGAAGAACGUGGACGUCGCUUCUGUGGUUGACGAUGGUCCUGGAUUGGCCUUCAUCGUGUACCCGGAGGCUCUAGCCAGAAUGCCCGUCGCUCCGAUGUGGUCCGUAUUUUUCUUCAUUAUGAUGGCCACCCUUGGGUUCGGAUCUCAGUUUUCCAUUAUUGAGUGCGUGUUUAGUUCCAUAUCUGACGAGUUCCCCAUCCUGAAGACAAGCCGAAACAAUAUCAUCUUCCGAGUCGUCGGUUGUAUCGUCUUUUUCCUUCUUGGUCUUCCAAUGAUCUGUCGCGGAGGAAUCUGGAUGCUGAACCUGGUAGACUACAGUGUGGGCGGCUUUCCUUUGUUGGUGGUCGGCUUCAUGGAGUUGCUGAUCAUCACCCGCAUAUAUGGUUACAGUGAAUUCUCUGACAAUAUAAAUUCCAUGCUUGGAAUCCGACCAAACAAAUACUGGGAGAUCUGCUGGAAGUGGGUGUCGCCCUUUGUUGUGUUGGUGACACUCAUAAUGAACAUCGUCUUCUUCAAAGAGCCCGACCUGGACAAUGUGACGUAUCCUAGCUGGGCCGUUAGUCUGGGCUGGCUCAUCGCAAUGUUUCCCGUCACGACCAUUGCGGUCCUUGCUCUAUACUACUAUUGUCGCAAUGGAGGAUUUAUGGUGCUGCAAGAAUCAGUGAAGUCUCUGCCUACUUGGGGACCAGCAGACAAGACCAAGGGAGAGUACUCUUUGGGCAAAUAUGACAUGACUUUCGCUGCCGGUGAUGUCGGUUACAACCCCGCAUUCGCUCGUCUCAUGGGAAGUAAUAUAUCAACGAGCACAAAUAGUACUGACGUCACGAACAUUGGGGCAUCAGUGAGGACUGUAAACAGAAUACCCGGAAACGGAAGUAUAGGAGGGUCUACGUAUAUAUUCUCAUCCAACCGUUCUAGGGAACCUAGCGAGUCCAAAGUUUGACCGUAAUAUAACUUGUUAAAAGUUGUGUGUGAGAUUUAGGUUUGUUAAAAGUUGUUAGAGAGUGAGAUUGCAUAAUGUUGUGAUGAUAUUGUGAUAUAUGUCAACAAUGCAAUUAGACUUAAAAUGUGUUCUAUUAAUGCAUCACAGCGUUUAAAUUCAAUGAUAAAUAUUGUACUGCCAAACCAGGUUAAUCUGGAACUUGUUAAUCCAGCAAUUCUACAAUAUGGGUACCCCUUUUUUUGUGACUGAACUGUAGACAUUAAUGUUGUUGCGUGAAAGUGCAUGAUCUAGUCAAGUCGGUUCUUAUCGGUAACAUAUAUAAGUUCAACAAAUACCAUUUAUUCUUAAGGUAAAGGGCACCACUGCAUCAGUUGCAAUCGCCAAGAAGAGUUAAACAAAGCAAUGAAAGGGAGUUUUCCGGCUUGAAGAAACUUCCAUUUUGAAGAUUUUCAUUUGCUUUGCAACCCAUAUAUUCAUGGACAAUUAAUUUUGUUUUGCGCUUUUGUAAUGCCUGUACGGACACAUUGGUACAGUGGAUUCUUUGUAGUAUAAAGGACCCCAGUUCGACGCCUGUUGAUUUUCUAUUUUUCCAUUUUGUUAUUUCUAACUACAAUUCUGUAAAAUGCAUGGUAAAAUGCGAUACUUAUGGGACAUUUCUUUUGAAAAGGACAUAAACUAAUAAUGCUAUUAAAAUGUAUUGGUACCCUU